GAUUUACUUCGCAGAAGACCUCCAUCGGUCACUCGAGUCGAUCUAACAUUUUUGUGAAUUACGUUCGCCAUCGUUGAAGACAUGGGGCUUUUGACAAUUAUUAGAAAGAAUCGGCAGAAAGAAAGGGAAAUGCGGAUUCUCUUUCUAGGUCUUGAUAAUGCUGGGAAAACAACAAUACUGAAGAAAUUAAACGGCGAAGACAUUAUGACUGUGAGUCCGACAUUAGGCUUCAAUAUCAAAACAUUUCUUCAUGGAAAAUACACAUUAAACAUCUGGGAUGUCGGAGGUCAACGAACCUUGAGGCCCUACUGGCGGAACUACUUUGAGCAGACAGACGCUAUCGUCUGGGUAGUGGAUUCAGGUGACAGGAUGCGCAUGCAAGACUGUAAAGAAGAACUCCAUGCCCUCCUCCUCGAAGACAGAUUAGCAGGAGCUUCCCUCCUCGUGUUUGCUAACAAACAAGAUAUUCAGGGCUCUAUGAACGAUGUGGAGAUCCGUGACUCCCUGGAUUUACUUUCGAUCAAAUCGCAUCACUGGAAGAUUAUGUCUUGCAGCGCGGUCACAGGCCAGAAUUUGGUUUCAGGCCUCGACUGGGUUGUUGAAGAUGUCGCAAAUAGGCUCUAUUAUAGCUCCACGACAAUCACAAGUUGAUAUGACUAGUACCACUUCCCACAUGCACACCUUGCUGCGCAUCUCCCUUUCUGAGGUUCUUCACUAUUAACCAGCAUGCCAUGCUGCUGCUAAGGUUUCACUCGGCAACUAAGUAUCUUGUAUUUCGCCAUGACAAAGAUAAUGUGCACGUGGUAAUAAGUAUCAACGACAUAGCUUCAGCGUCUAUUUCCAUCUUAAUACUUACAAGGCGCUCCACACUUUGCCUGAGUAGUCUGUGUAAUCCUAUCCAGAUAGAAGACAAGUGCUACUCGUAGCGCUUAGUCGGUCUGUGAAACCCGGUAUCAGGUAGCUUCGUUUUUGUAUUGCCCCCCUGACCGCGACGGCCGAUAAGCAGAAGCUGGGCAAAACAAUAAGAAUCUGUAAGUCUGGACUAGGAAGUAAAAACCUGUAUAUGUAUUGAUAACUUGCCUACCAUGUAAAAGAACACUUCUUCGUUAUGAUAUUUU